AUGGAAAGCGUUCUAGGGUUGGGGAGGCUCCCCUUCAGUUUUAUGAAGACUUUAUAUCUGUUCGGCAAAUCGGACAUCCCAGCAGCCGCUUUACCUUCUAUGGCCGUAGCCCUCGUGCUUGCUGCACCAUGUGGCUUUCACCUGAUCAUCACCGGGUUUCUGUGGAAUCAACUACAUCUUCUCACGUUCCAGGUCAAAAACCAGAUCGAUGGUAUAGAAGAGGAUGGCAUAGCAAAGCCACAUCGGCCCUUGCCCUCUGGCAGGAUCACACCAGGACAAGCUACCCUCCUUUAUCACGUCCUUUUCUUACUGAUGUGGAUUGCUGCCAUAUACACAAACACGGUCUCGUGCACUUUAGUCUAUUCGAUCGCCAUAGUGGUAUACAACGAGGGAGGGCUGGCCGCUAUUCCAGUAGUAAAGAACUUCAUCGGAGCUAUCGGUCUCGGUUGCUACUGUUGGGGUACAACGAUCAUUUUUGAUGGCGGUAAAGAGUUACAUGGAUUGAAGGCCGUCGCAGUACUGAUGAUAGUUGCCAUUUUCGCUACUACUGGCCAUGCCCAAGACUUCCGUGACCGCACCGCUGAUACAACACGGGGUCGCAAAACAAUCCCGCUACUGCUGUCCCAGCCUGUAGCGCGCUGGUCACUGGCCGUGCUAACGGUGGCGUGGACUUUGGGGUUGAUUGCCUUGUGGAAACCACCGGCGAUAGUUACUCUGGCAUACGUUGCUGCGAGUAUGCGUUGUUUUGCCGGUUUUCUCACUAGCUAUGACGAGAAGGACGAUUAUGUCUCUUAUUGUUGGUAUGGGUUUUGGCUUCUUGGUAGUAACAUCCUACCCAUCUUUCCUCGUUUGAGAGGCGAGCUUCCUUAG